CCCCCCCCCCCCGCCGCGCGCCCUUGAGCUUCGCGCUGAGGAACAACAACAACAACGAUGCUGCUGAGGAAGGUAUUAAAAGCUGGUGUACAGGUGGGGUUGAGGUACAGCAGUGGUUCUGCUCGAGCAGCUCCUGCAGUAAAGAGUUCCAGUGCUGGGUUCUCCUUCGAUUUGACCGAGCAGCAGAAGGAAUUCCAGGAAGUGGCCCGGAAGUUUGCACGAGAGGAGAUCAUCCCUGUGGCUCCAGACUAUGACAAGAGUGGCGAAUAUCCGGUUCCUCUGAUCAGGAGGGCGUGGGAGCUCGGCCUAAUGAACUCCCACAUCCCUGAGAGCUGUGGAGGGCUCGGGUUGUCCAGCUUUGAUGCGUGUCUGAUCACGGAGGAGCUGGCGUACGGCUGCACGGGGGUUCAGACCGCCAUUGAGGCCAACUCUCUCGGACAAAUGCCUGUGAUUAUUGCUGGUAACGAGGAACAGAAGAAGAAGUAUUUGGGACGUUUGACUGAGGAGCCGCUGAUGUGUGCGUACUGUGUGACAGAACCCGGCGCUGGCUCUGAUGUGGCAGGAAUAAAGACUCGCGCUGAGAAGAAAGGAGACGAGUACAUCGUUAACGGUCAGAAGAUGUGGAUCACCAACGGAGGAAAAGCAAACUGGUAUUUCCUGCUGACCCGUACUAACCCUGACCCGAAGUGCUCGGCCAGUAAAGCUUUCACGGGCUUCGUUGUCGACGCCGACACGCUUGGAAUUCAGAUCGGCAGGAAGGAGAUGAACAUGGGCCAGAGGUGCUCGGACACUCGCGGCAUCACCUUCGAGGACGUCAGGAUCCCUAAGGAGAAUGUGUUGAUCGGAGAAGGGGCGGGGUUUAAAAUCGCCAUGGGAGCCUUCGACAAGACACGCCCUCCCGUCGCAGCAGGAGCGACGGGUCUCGCACAGAGAGCGCUGGAUGAAGCGACUCAGUAUUCACUGGAGAGAAAAACCUUCGGGCGGGUUAUCGCAGAGCACCAGGCCGUGUCGUUCAUGCUGGCUGAGAUGGCGAUGAAGGUGGAGCUCGCCCGACUGGCCUAUCAGAGAGCAGCGUGGGAAGUGGACGAGGGCAGAAAGAACACCUACUAUGCCUCCAUCGCCAAGGCCUUCGCCGGAGACAUCGCUAAUCAGGUGGCGUGUGACGCCGUGCAGAUAUUCGGAGGGAACGGGUUCAACAGUGAAUAUCCCGUCGAGAAACUGAUGAGAGACGCCAAGAUCUAUCAGAUUUAUGAAGGCACGGCUCAGAUCCAGAGGCUCAUUAUCGCCAGAGAACAUCUGGGCAAAUACAAGCAGUAAAUACAAAAACCCGUCUGCAUGGAGACCUGAAGCUUCUUCCCCAACAGCAGCACUUCACAGUUUAAAGAUUUUAACACGUUGUUAUUGUGGACCUUCAUUAUAAGUCCUGUAUAAUCGUUUAACAACCGAAUCAUAUAACAAGUUUUCAUCCAAAGUGUCUCAGGUUUGCAGGGUGACGAUAACAGAUCACCAGGUGGGCGUGUCCUCUGUACAUCCACUGUACUGUUCCAGGUUAAUCAUUUGCUCGGUCAGUAUCAGCAGUGAUGCUCAUCACAGCGUUCACAUACAGACAUGUAACCUCUGACCUUUUCAUGACUGUUUAUUAUGUAGAGUUUUUCAGAACAAAUGAAUGAAAUGCCAGUGAGCGAUCACAUGCCUUGAGUUCUCUGUAGCCAGCAUGUCUUCCAGGAAAAAAAUAAAGAACAAAGAAUGUUAUUGUAGAA